CCCGCACCUGUGAGUCUCACCUCGGUUGUUCCUUUACGCACGCAAUUGAGAAGUCCACUCCAGUCGCAUCGGUGCGCGCCUUGUACGCGCAGCAUGCAAACGUCGCAUAUGUGCUGAGUGGAGCGGAAAAGCGUGUUGUGCAUUCAACUCCACAACCUUUAAAGGGUGCACUUCCCACGUUAGGACGACUUCUCUUUACUCACUUUGAUGGGGACUUCGACAUUAAGCAGGGAAAAUGCCUGUGAUGAAGGGAUUACUAGCGCCGCAGAACACCUUUUUGGACACUAUAGCGACGCGCUUUGAUGGCACUCACAGUAAUUUCAUUCUGGCCAACGCUCAGGUGUCCAAAGGCUUCCCCAUCGUCUACUGCUCGGAUGGCUUCUGUGAGCUCACAAGCUUCUCCAGGGCCGAGGUCAUGCAAAAGAGUUGCGCCUGUAAAUUCCUCUACGGCCCCGAGACCAGCGAAAGUAUCAUCAGCAGCAUCGACGAUGCUCUGGAGGGACGCAAGGAGUUUAAGGAUGAGAUCAUGUUUUAUAGUAAGACAGCGGUGCUCUUCUGGUGCCUGUUGGACAUUGUACCGAUUAAGAACGAAAAGGGGGACGUGGUGCUCUUUCUGGCUUCGUUCAAGGACAUCACUGAUAUUAAAGCCAAAAGCAUUCAAGAGGACAAGAAAGAAGAGCGACGGCGAGGCAGAAUCAGAACAAGCUCUCCGUUCGGCUCUGCUCGGAUGCGGAGCAGCACGGUGCUCUACCACGUCUCCGGGCACCUCCACAGCAGAAAGAAGAGCAAAAUUAAGCUCAAUAAGAAUGUGUUUGGCGAGCCUCCCGCCCUGCCAGAGUACAAGGUAGCAGACGCCAAAAAGUCCAAAUUCAUCCUGCUGCAUUACAGCACGUGCAAGGCCGGCUGGGACUGGCUGAUCCUGCUCGCCACUUUCUACGUGGCCGUGACCGUCCCGUACAACGUGUGUUUCAUCGGCGACGACGACGACUUCACCCGCAGCACGACCGUCAGCGACAUCGCCGUGGAGAUUCUCUUUAUCCUGGAUAUCGUUUUCAAUUUCCGCACCACCUACGUCAGCAAGUCAGGCCAAGUGAUCUUUGACGCUCGGCAGAUUUGCUUUCACUACCUGACCACCUGGUUCAUCAUCGACCUGGUGGCCGCCUUGCCCUUUGACCUGCUCUAUGCCUUCAAAGUCAGUGUGGUGUCCGUGGUGCACUUGUUGAAAACGGUGCGCCUGCUGCGUUUGCUUCGCCUCCUCCAGAAAAUGGACCGCUACUCGCAGCACAGCACCGUGGUCCUGACCCUGCUCAUGUCCAUGUUCGCCUUGUUGGCUCAUUGGAUGGCCUGCAUCUGGUACAUCAUCGGUAAAAUGGAAAUGGAGGCCAACGCCUACAACUGGGAUAUUGGUUGGCUUCACGAGCUGGCCAAGCGUCUGGAGUCGCCGUAUUACCCCAUGGAAAGCGUGAACAACACCGGCAGCGGGCCGGCCAUCCGCAGCGUCUACGUGGCCUCGCUCUACUUCACCCUCAGCAGCCUCACCAGCGUGGGCUUCGGCAACGUGUCGGCCAACACCGACAUCGAGAAGAUCUUUUCCAUUUGCGUCAUGCUUAUAGGAGCAUUAAUGCACGCAUUGGUCUUUGGCAAUGUGACAGCCAUAAUCCAGAGGAUGUAUUCCCGCUGGUCCCAGUAUCACACCAGGACCAAAGACCUCAAGGACUUUAUACGAGUGCAUCAUCUGCCGCACAGCCUGAAGCAGCGAAUGCUGGAGUAUUUUCAGACAACCUGGUCAGUCAACAACGGCAUCGACUGUAAUGAGCUGUUGAAGGACUUCCCGGAUGAGCUCCGCUCCGACAUCACCAUGCACCUGAACAAGGAGAUCCUGGAGCUGUCCCUCUUCGCCUCGGCCAGCAGGGGCUGCCUGCGCUCUCUGUCGCUCCACAUCAAGACCACCUUCUGCGCUCCUGGAGAGUUCCUCCUCCGAGAGGGCGAUGCCCUGCAGGCCAUCUUCUUUGUGUGCUCCGGGAGCAUGGAGGUCUUGAAGGACGGCAUGGUGUUGGCAAUUCUUGGUAAAGGCGACCUGAUUGGAGCCAACCUGUCCUUAGACGACCGAGUCAUCAAAACCAACGCGGACGUGAAAGCGCUGACCUACUGCGACCUGCAGUGUAUUCAUUUAAAGGGUCUGUAUGAGGUGCUGGACCUCUACCCGGAGUACUCACAUCACUUUGUGCAGGACAUUCAGCAGGAUCUCACUUACAACCUGAGGGAGGGACAAGAGACACACGUGAAGGCCAAACUGUCCACUGCAGCUCUUGACUCUCAGUCAGGUGUGAAAAGGAACGGGCGACUCGUUCAGGGUUGCGCGCCUCUCGCCGAGACCCAGCGGGGACAUGACAAAGACGUGAGGCAAGAUGAUGAUUGUCUGUCAUCGGAGCAGAACAGGGCAGUGACCCUCAGGGCCGCCGGCGGGUCAUCUCCAGCCGACCGAGCCAAUCACCGAAGCGCAGGACGCAACUCUGCAAAGUCUGGAAGGAUGAGCCAGGAUAUUACACUGGUCACUUUGGACCCUUGCGACUUGAGCCCCAGAGUCGUGGACGGAACAAAGGACAACGAAGGGACAGAAAGUCUGCUGCCCUUCCCAGGUUUCUCUUCCAACCGUGGUUGCCAUGACAAUGAUCCCACCAGUGCCUCAGCAUCCACCACAGAAACGCCACACAUCAGCACGGCGGAAUUAGCUGCAAAAGCCGAGGAGACCAGAGGACAACUCCGACAUCUCAACCAACAGGUGCUAAACCUAGGCAGGGAAGUAGCAGACCUUGGCCAGGUGAUGAAGCGAAUGGCCCAGCUCAUGGAGACCCUGAUGUCAUCCGGGCCCCAAGCAACAGUGGCGUGCCCCACACAUUGCUCCCCGGGCCAGCGCAUUCACCCGGCCCACGCGUGCUACCCUUCCCCGCCCUCGUCUCAGACUCCCUCCAUCUGGACGGACACGCCCCCCUCUCGGCUCCCGGCGCCCUCGUGGCACAGACCCCGGGACCUUCAGCUGGGGUACGCCCCCGGUCCCUUUCAAACGCAAUCCUCCUCCAUCAUCGCAGAGGCACACCUGACUUCCUCGCCCUUCGGCUCACCGGAGACUCACCGAUGCAAAGACGGGCUUUCUACCUCUAUCAGGUCAAGGGUACACGGUCCACCUCCGCAGGACGGGAGUGACGCGAGCCCUCAUCGGAGCUACGGGCGCUCCCCUCCCUGUGGACUCGUGGAGCUCUACCAGAACCAAAGUAAGAGUUUGUAGCAGGCCUGCAUCUGGCAGCCGUUGGCCUUUCUUUCCGUAGACAUGACUGGGAAUGAUCACAUGUUUUUUGCAGGGAUGCAAGGUCACUCUUGCAUUAGAGACACAAUGAAAACACGCAUGAAAACAAAUUGGUUGUGUUAGCGUUAGCUUUUUUGCAUUUUGCUGUUUAUUAGGACAGGGAUUAAAGGUUAAAGGCAAAUAA